AUGGGUUCCAACUUCAACACCAAGUUCCGAAUGGUCGGUCCCUGGAAGUGGGAGAAGGGUGCGGAGCACAUCAUGCGAAACGAGUUGUAUAACAUUGUCAAGCGCUCCGGCGGCGUUGUCUAUCUUGCUACCUACACUCUUGUCCCCCUCUUUCUCUUCGGAAGCAUGAGCUUGUUCCUCUAUGCUUGGUACGGUAUCUGCAACUAUCUCGCCUCUCUUUUUGGCGGACACUCUGGAUCUGCUACUAACGAACGGGACGCCCAUGGCGACCGAAUUGCCCACGAGAAGUGA